AUGUCUACAAGUUCAUUCUAUUCCCUAGAGGAACAAUUUGGCGAGGAGGAGGACCUCUUCGCGUUUUCCGUACAGCAGAGAGGCGACAUGCCCUCGCUGUCGAACAGUUACAACUCAAAGUACGAGGACUCUCCCGCAUCCUCGUACAGCAGCAGCUUGCUCCCAGGAGGUGCUCAGAUUGUAUCGAUACAGCAGGGAUCACUGCAGUCGCUUACGUACUCAAAUAACUACAAACUACAGUCCCCUGGGACCAUCGAUGACAUGAUAUUUGACUUCGACGGCGAGUUCUCUUCCGGUGGUCUGGAAACACAGAACGUAUCGGAUGAUCAAGACCCUCGGGGUGACACGGGGGCAGUGGAUUUGGACAAUUUUGCCAAUGUCGCACAAAAUAACUACAGACUGUGGCUUUCGUCCGUUUAA